CCUCCCCAUCGGCGCCCCGCCACAGCCGGCCGGGAGCGGCGUAGUGCGGCCGCGGCCGCGGCCGCCGGGCGGGCGGCGCAGCAGCAGCAGCAGCAGCAGCAGCAGCAGCAGCAAGAGCAGCAACGCGCAGCGUGCCUCGCGCCAGCCGAGGCGCUCGAUCUGCUGCUGGCGGUGCGGCCGGGCGCUUGCCCGCCGGGCGAGGCCCGCGCGCCCGGGAGCCUCUGCGAGGAGGCCUGCCCGCCCGCCGCCGGCCCGGCCGCGGCCGCCGCCGGGGCGGAGAGUGGGCUGCGGCCAGCGCUGCGCGUGCGGAACACGUUCCUGGACGUCAGGAGGUCUGCCUCCCUGGAGCGCUUCCUCGACCGCGCAUGUGCCUCUCGACGCCGCCGACCCCCCAGGGGCGCCAGGGCGUGCGCCCGCAGAUCUCCACCAGCCUGGAGGACGACCCGCUGCCCGCCUACAUGAUCAACACGCCCACGGAGAGCGUCCGCGAGGGCCUCUUCGCCUCGCCGAGGGGCGAGUCCCUCUCGUGGCCGCGACCGGCCUCGCCGUUGCUCGGGCUCCUCCGGCCCGCCCGCCCCCCCGCGGCGCCUGCGGUCCUCAGCCUCGCCGACGCCGUGGGCGCGCCGGCGGGCGCGCCGGCGCCGGCCG